UUGAAGUGCAGUGAAAGCCACCAAAAAGUUCGUCAUCAAUGUCGUAAAACACAAUCAAACAUUCAAUAAAACAGAAACACAUAAUAAUCUUAAUUUGAGUGUGGUUAUAUGAAGAGGGAGAUAACUCCGGUUAGACAAUCUGGGAAAGCACGGAGAGUUUUUGGACGGAAUUCUUGACUGCUUCCAUGAGAUCACGCUGGCGCUGGCUUUCGCGAGGAUGAAUGCCUCCGCUUAUCGUGUUGAUACAACGUCGCGCCUUGCGCAAUGGCGUAUAGACAAUUUGGUGUCCUUUACUUAUCGGAAAUCCGAUCCUUUCAAGAUCGGGAAAUGGAACUGGCAUUUAGUUGUGGAGAAGAAUCGAAGUUUGUCUAUUAAAUUAUACCCGGAAAUAUUAAAUUCAACCCGAGACAGCCCUCCAAUUGCUUCAUUCAUCAUUCGCAUCAUUUCUUCAUCCGGAGGUCGUAAGGUUUUGGUUCAUCCAGCAACAACUUGUGUGUACUAUCUUGCUUACAACAUGGAUGCAGAAGUUAGGGAUAAGCAGUUAAAAACCAGCGACGAUUUUGUUUGGGUGCUUGAAGUUCCAUUGACGGGGAAGUUCAUCAUCGAGGUUGAAUUUCUUGACUUGAAGACCGCGUCACCAAACGGUGGUGAACCUUGCUCCAUUUGGGUGGACGGGUCGAUACAAAAGGAAUCGAGUGCAAGCGCACUCUCCUCCCUUGGUCGGAUGUUAUCAGAAAGCAUUCACACAGAUAUCAUCAUCAACGCUUCCAAUGGAAUCAUUGAGGCCCACCGUGCAGUACUUGCUGCACGGUCACCAGUCUUUCAUAGCAUGUUCUCUCAUGACCUAAAGGAAAAGGAGUUAUCCACCAUAAACAUUCCCGACAUGUCAAUUGAAGCUUGUGAAGCUUUUCUCAAGUCAUUAUAUGGUAACAUAGAGAACAACGAUUUUCUUAAUCAUAGGCUUGAACUUCUUAGAGCGGCUGAUAAGUACGAAGUUUUGGAUUUGAAAGAAGCAUGUCAUGAAAGUCUUGUUGAAGAUAUUGACACGAAGAACGUGCUCGUGAGGCUCCAAAUUGCAUUUCUUUAUCGUUUAUCGAAACUGAAGAUUUGUUGCAUGCAAUAUCUUGUGAAGUUUGGUAAGAUAUAUGAGAUCCAAGAAGAAUUCAAUGCAUUUAUACAAUCUGCAGAUAGGGAAUUGAUUGGUGAAGUGUUUAGUGAACUUCUUUCAGUUUGGAAAGGUUUCUAAGUGAUUAUUCAUUGUGUUCAUCUUUAUUCAAUUGUUGUGUGUACAUUUUUGUCCAAAAUGUUAUUUUUUAAUAAAAAGUUUAAGUGUUAUUACAGUA